GACAGAGGGAGCGAGAGAGAGGCAGAGACAGUGAGAGGGAAGAGUGAAAGAGAGACAGAAGAUAUAUUUGACUAUGUGGGUGUGUGAAGUAUCAAGGCAUGCAUCAUAAUUGUGGAUUCUUCUUGGAGCAGCCGGCCGUAUCACUGCAGCAGCAGGACAUAAUUGGUCUCACAAAGUGUGUUAUUUUCUUCUUUAUAACAGCGGGAGCUGUGAGCGCAGAGAGCGACACAAGAGACAUUUUCAAAGACAAAAUGGAAACUGUUUUGUUUUUGCUGCCUCAAGGAUUUUGUUAACUGGGAUUAUUAAAAAAACUAGUUGAAGGAAUGCAGACUGUGGAAUGAUGAUGCCUCAUCACUGUUAAUAAUCAAGAUCUAAAGUCAACAAUUUAUCUGAGAUGGCCGUCAGCCUUAUUAUCAUCUGCCUCUUGUCACUGAUUGGCUAUGGCUCAUCCCACCCGUCUCCUCCUCCUCGGGGAUGCAGUGUGGAUGUGGACCCUCCGUACAGAGUUCUGUGUGACCUGGAGUCAGUCUGGGGUGUGGUUCUGGAGGCCGUGGCCUGCAGCGGUGGCCUCAGCUCUCUGAUCCUCACUGUGCUUCUGCUAGUAAAGCUCCGCUCCAUUUCUGACCCUGCCAGGCGCUCCGGAAUGGGGCCUCUUCUCUUGCUGCUGGGCACGCUCCUCGGGCUUUUCUCCAUCUCACUGGCUUUCCUGGUGGGGAAGAACCAGGCGCUCUGUGUGGUCCGCAGGGCCUUCUGGGGGCCCCUUUUUGCCCUUUGCUUCUCCAGCUUGCUAGUGCAGGGUGUGAGGCUCAGAAGGCUGGUGGCUGGCAAGACGAGCCCAUCAGGCAGCUCCCUGGCAGCCCUCGGUCUGGCCUUGGCCUUGGUUCAGGGGAUCAUCUCUGCUGAAUGGGUCUUGCUGACUGUAGUUAGGGAGGGUCACCCGGCCUGCGAAUAUCCACCGUUAGACUUUGCUCUGACAUGCAGCUACACCCUGGGGCUGCUCCUCAUCGCCAUGGGGCUUUCUUUGGGGGUGGUACUGUGCGGAGGAGAGAUGGGGGCAGACGGAGCAGGAGGGAGUGAAGAAGAUAGAGAAGGAGAAAGUGAAAAACGGAGAUGGAAGUGUAACGCCGUCUGGCUCUUCCUGUCCAGUCUGGCAUCAGCGUUGCUGUGGGUGGCCUGGCUAGGCUUUUAUCUUUAUGGCAGCCAGGUGCUGAGAGGAAAGGGGAAAGGGGAUAGAUUAGGAGGAGGAGGAGGAGGAGGAGGAGGAGGAGGAGGAAAAAAGGAUGUAAAGGUGUUGGAUGAGCCUGCGCUGGCGGUGGCCUUGGUCAUUCAGGGCUGGAUCCUGCUGCUGUUCCACGCUAUUCCAGAGGCGCACCUCUGUCUUCGGAAUCCUCCACAAUCCAACACGCAGGACUUCUUCGACACCAGUCACACGUCCCCUCCUCCACAUUUUGGAGAUGAGCUGCCUGCACACUCACACCGACCCUUCCCAGAAAACCAGGCCUUUUCUAUGGAGGAGCACGGUGCAACUCUCCGAACUGGAACAUACCACAGCAGCCACGGGAGUGUCCGUCCUGGCAUCGCCUUCAGAGGUCACGUCUACCAACCCACUGAGAUGGCUCUGGUCAUGAACGGUGGAACAAUGCCCACAGCCCCAAUUAACUACACUGGACGACGGUUAUGGUAAUAUGGGACAAGACUUGAGGAGGAUACACCGGUGUAACACUGGGGUGUAAUAGUAGAAUUUCCUGUUGCCUAAGGAGAAGAAGGAGAUAUUAAAGACAUCACAAAUCAAACAUAAUUGAUUUGAUGGGAGCUAAAUGUGUUUAAUGUAUUUGUGUAUCUGCACACGUAUGAAUUUUACAUUUUAAGGACCAUCUCUAACAGUAUUUUUUGCUGAGGUUUUCUGGGUUUCCUCUUUAUCUGCAGACUGGACAAUAAAAUCACAAGAGAGGGAAGAGAAAGUGACGUAGCUUCCACAGUUUAAGAUAUUUUGUUACGAAGUUACGAGGGCAUUUACAGUCCGUUAUUUUGAUCAGCACAGAUUAAAGCUUAAGUUAUUAUAUAUAAGGUGACUAUCAAAAACUAGUGUUCAAUGUGGCAUUGAAGGACAGUUACUGAAGGAGCAGUAAAGUAAAGAU